AUGGAAGAAGAAGACCAAAGGGAAGAAGAAAAAGAUAAUGACUUUAUCGAUGAUGGAAUUGACAACGGCGACAAAGAGGAGGAUAUUGAAAAUUUGGAGUUGGAAGAUAGUGCUAUUGAUGUUGCUGGUGAAGAUGAGGGUUCUACUAAAGAGGGUUUGAAGAGUAAUGGUGUAAAGGUGCCAACUUUGACAGUGAAGGAAAAGAAGGAAUUAGCAUCUUAUGCUCAUGGAUUGGGAAAGAAGCUAAAGUCUCAGUUAGUUGGCAAGUCUGGUGUCACUGAUAAUGUUGCAACAUCUUUUAUUGAGACCCUUGAAGCCAAUGAGCUUUUGAAGGGUUUUUGUAAUAGCUUGGAUGAUGUGAUUAAAAUACACAGGACCUGUCCAGGGGAGCUAGAGGAUGUGGUGCGACGAUUGGAGGAAGCAACUGGUUCAGUGGUAGUUGGUCAAAUUGGUCGGACUGUCAUUAUAUACCGGCCUAGCCUUACUAAAAUGAAGGCUGAGGAGAAAAGGCGACAGGCUCGUAGAGUUUUUGUGAGAAAAACACCAAAAUUGAUGUCAGUGCCAUUGAAUCUCACUGAUAUAGCCUUAAUGAAAAUUGCAGUCGAGAGGAGAACCAAGACGAUUUUCUGGACAUGGUCGUCAAGGAAGCAGCAGGCGGCCAGGACCAAAAAUCUCUGGCAAUGCUGGGGUGGUAACUUGUUUACUUUAGAUAAGAAGCACGAUAUUUUGGUCCUUGAAAAUAUCAUGAACUUUGCUGAUCGCCAAGUCGAAAAGUUUGUGGAUUCUGAAACUAAGCAGCUUUCAGCUCCUUCAAUUCAUAUUGGCUCAAAUCUUCGAAAAGUAUGCCAUCAGGGGAAAGAAGACGUUGGAGGGCGAGGAAAAAUCUAG